AUGGACGCGCGGCGGCUCACCAACAAAGGACGAUCCGAAGAACUGACUAACAGAUCAAAAUGCGAUGGCCGGCUGGGACGUCCGAUUGCGCGAACACCAACCGACGGAUUUGCAUACGGACGGCCGUCAAAAGCGAGUGAUAUAACCACGACGUACACGCGACACGAAGCCGAGAAGCGCGCUUUAUCGUUUUCUCGGCCGGCCAACAGAAGUUGGAUCGCAUGUGGUCGGCUUCAUAACCAUGGCUCGUUGGCAGACUUUUUUUUUGACACAGAUGCUACAUCCAUGUAA